CUGUAGCAUGUGAGGGAGUGAUGCAAUCAAAGACUCCAUCACAUCAUAUUUCAAAUGCUCAAUUAUUCACUGAAUGGUAGGGUCUCCACCUUGCUUCCUGUACCUAUAUUUUAAUUUACUUGAAAGAAAUUACAGUGCUGUGAAUGCCUGGUCAGAUUAAACAGAUGUGUGUCACAGCUACCUGCCAAGUCUCAGGGAAGAUGAGCAGCAGCAAAGGCAGGAGAAACAAGAAAAGAUCAAGACACAAUUCACUUGACCCACAGUUAUGUCUAAAAAUACCAGCUAUACUGAUCUCAAAGGAGAGUGAAAUAUGGGAAGGAAGGUUAUUCCAAAAUGGUGAACAAGCAGAUCAAGGAUUUAUUUUAAAAAGUUAAGAAUAUGGACAAAAGGAUAACCCUCAGACAGCAGCACACACAUCAGGGUGUGAAAGCAGUGCCCUGAAGGACCAGAAUCCACUGCAUAUUACAAUUCUCUUUUUUUUAUCCAUAUCCAGAGAGCUUUCUGCCAAUUUUGCACUUACAGACUGGUUUUAGAAAAGAUCACAUGUGAACAUAACAUAUGCUGCACAAUUUUAUUGUUGAAUCUUGAGAAAAAAAGGCGUAUGCAAGUCCUUAUCACUGUGUUUCAGUAUUUAAAGGGUGGUUACAAAGAAGAUGGAGGAUCCCUUUUUACAAGGAGUCUAUGGAAAAAAUGAGCAGCAAUAGGUACAAUAUACUCCUUGGGAAAUUCUGACUGUGCACAAGGGGAUAACUUUUCACAACAAGAACAAUCUGCUAUUGGAAUAAUCUCCCCAGGAGAGCAGUGUGUUUGCCAGCAUUGGGGGACACUUAAGAUUUGGCUGCAGAGGGUGCUGAGCUUCUUUUAGACCAUGCUUUUGCCUUGAGAGGUUGGUUGGACCAGAUGAUCCUCGAGGUCUUUCCAACUUGGUAUUGCACAAUUGUUAAAACCUGUCUCACACAUCCACAAGCUGCAUAAAUCUUGUGGAGGCUCUCGGUGCCAGCCAGCUCUGUGGGUUAACAAUAGGAGAGACAUUUAUCACCGAGGUAUCUUGCAAAAUAUUUUGGAGCCUUUGCAAUCCCAUGCAGCCUAAGUGAGCGGAACUCCUUGUGUUACUUUAUUUCUCAUGCAUCUUCCUUUCUGUUAAAAGAUGGAAAACUGAAGUAUCUUGUCCCCAGAGGAAGAAAUAUGCCUCUCAGUGACCAACUGACCAGAGAGUCCCUUCCACAUGCUGUGCUGAACUUCAUCCCCAGCAAUGCUUGUGACGUGGAGCUGUCAUGUGGGGAUUGCUGGGGAAACCGCAUCUCCCACAGAUGCAUUAAAAAUUCCCCUGUGGCCCCAGGGAAGCAGGAGUGAAUCCCAUUUCUGUCUCAGAUAAAGGUGGCUAGAGAGCAGCUCUGCCUUACUGCUGUGAGGUGAGCUCUGCACACCUCUGAACAGCCUCUUAGGAGCAAAACCCAACCAAUAAAGAGGGGAGAUAAAUACUGGCUUUGCUGGGACUCUGCUGGCUGUCAUCAGCCGCUCUUGCACAAGCGAGUCUGGGAGUUGUCACAGCAGCACAUUUUUGCCUCUGGCAUGUAAAGUGCAAGGGAUGCUGUCUUGUUAAACAGUUUUCUGUUCUUUUAGGGGAUUUUUGUACCUCCUCAGCCACAAAGGACUGACUUUGCUUCACUUAAAAAAGUUCAAAUGUCGUAAAUACUUUGAUGUAAAGUAUUUUAUGGAUUUUGGCCUCAGGAAUGGCAUUUUGACUCAUUGUAUUUCAGUGAGACAUUAAAAAAGCAUGCUUGUGCGCAUUUUUUUAAAUUGCUGUUAUCAGUUGCACAAAAGGUAGUAAAAGCUGAUGAAAGAGUGAUUUGUUUUCUACUUUUUAACGUAAGACUGGCAGAAAAAUCGUUGUCUUGUUGCUCAAGAGGCUUUCAAUCCCCACCCUUGAGCUGUGAUUCAGCAAAUUCUCAGCGUAACCCUGAUCUGAAACCCGGGUUCCUCCUUGUCCUGUCCAGGCGGGGGUGGAUUUCUCCUAGACAAGCCAAUGAACAGAAGCUCAUUUAUUUAUUUAUGUGCUGAGGAGGAAACUUGCUCCACAGUCUCUCCACCUCUUCCUGCAAAAUGUUAGCUCUCUUUCGCACCAAUCACUUCGGGUCCUGAAUGAAAACAAGUGAGCAGCAGCGGAGCUGGGGUGUAGAAACUGCUGUGUUGAACAUCACUCCCUGACUCUGCUCCACACCUCAUCAAUAAUCGCUCUCACCUCACUUGAGCUACAGAGAGAAGCAAAAGCCGGCUGCCCGCGUUUCUUCAGCAAACCUAAGGCGCUCUUUCGGAGAGGCAGGACUGAGCACUCUGUUCGUUUCUGACCUCAUCGAGGAAAUACGCUUGCUUGCUAUUUUUUUUUUUUUGGCUGCUUUUCCCCUCCCUCCCCCCCCAGCUGCGGCAGUAUCUUGAUGGGGAAGCUGAUCUCCAAAGGCUGGCGGAAAAGAGAUGCUCGAGUUAUCAUGCUGGGGCUCGACUUUGCCGGCAAAUCCACCCUUCUGUACAAACUGAAGAGCGGCCAGGCUGUGGAGACCUGCCCCACAGUGGGAUUCAACGUGGAAUCUCUGCAAACACCCUGUGGCAUAUCUUUCACCCUCUGGGAUGUUGGCGGACAAGACAGCCUGCGGGCCAGCUGGCCCAACUACCUGGAGGACAUCAACACCCUCAUCUUCGUGUUUGACAGCACGGACAUGUCCCAGCUGGCCAAAGCAAUGGCAGCACUGGAGGAGGCCCUGAGCCACCCCGGCAUGGCUGGCAUCCCUGUGCUGCUCCUGGCCAACAAGCAGGACGUGCCAGGAGCGCUGGCUCCUGCCAAGCUGGGGGAGAUGCUGCGGCUGGGGGGGCUGGCAAAGCACCGCUGGAUGCUCCGGGGCUGCAGUGCCCACAGUGGCCAGGGCCUGCAAGAAGUCCUGGCCAUCCUGGGAAUGCUGCUGCGGGGCUCAGAGCAGAGCUCCUUAUCCCAGGAGCAGCCCAUUAUGGGGGUGGCAGAGAGGAGGUGAGCUCCAGAGCAAAGCUGAACCGCAAUGGACCCUUGCCACUCACGGCUGCCAGCAGGUUUGUCACGGAGGAUUCCAGCCUCCAGGCACCCCCUACAAGGAGCAGAGCUGAAGCUGGCACACACUGUGAAACACCCAGCUCCUCGCUGCCAAAAUCCACCAGGAGGAUCUCUGAGCAACACUUCCAUCAUGGAGCAGUUUUGGCUGCAUCUCUUGGACUCUCAUCUCUGCAGCUUGUCCCACUGUCACCGUGUUCCACUCAUCCACCGCUCGUGUGAGUCCAGAGGUUCAGCGAGGAUGUUUUUUAACACUUAUGAAUUAUAACAGAGGUGUGUGCAAGGGACAGAAGUUUUCUUCGUGCUUCAGCUCCCAGCCCAGAUGCACCUUAUCCAGAUGGGAUGAUCCCCACAUGGGGGGAGCUUGGAUGUGCCCCUUGCUGCUUCUGUCUCAGCAUGAAUCACAUGUUCAUUGGCUGGGAAUGCAGGAAGGCACUGAAAGGAAUGGCUGAUCGGGAGCAGCGUAAGCUCGGGAGUUCAAAUGGUCAAGCAACUAAUUGGUUUUAGUGUGGCAUGUACAGGUAUAAUAAUCUUCAGGCCAUGGAAGCAAGCUGGGAUUUGAUGGCGUAGUGCAGUUCAAGGAUGUAUGUAUAUUAAUUUAUGCUUUUCUUGUAAUGGUUCUUUCUUUCUCCAUUCAUCAUUUUUAUCAAAUAAUUAUUUCAUGAAAAUGGUCCUUCAUUUUCCUUGGAUUAUGUUUAAAUAUAAAGAAAUAAGACCUGACUUCAAGCUGCUUGGAAAUAUGUCUCUAUAGCCAGUCAACCUCUGAAUAUCCUCAUGGUGGUCUGAACAGCCAAGACAAAACCCUGUCUCUCAGACUUUUGAAACUGCAUGAGACCACUCCACAUGCAUUGGUUGUUAACCAUGGGCAACUUUGGGCACAGGCAGGCUGGUGACCAAAGAUGUCUCCACACUCAGCUGUGUCCAGGACAAAUGAAAACCUGGCAGCUCUCGGCAGGACCAGGUCCCAUGUGGCUGUGAUGGUGUUUGUCCAAACCUGCUCAACCUGCCUUUGGAAAGACCUAUAAAAUGUGUGCCAAGAUUCUGUUAGCCAGAGCUAAAAUUAAAAUACUUCAUAGUCCCUGCUUCAUUACUAAAUGAAUGUGGGAGGGAUGGGAUUCAACAUUUUUAUUUCUGUUUUCCAUUUCUGUUUCUAUUCAGAAAUCAGCUACUUUCAAGGAAUGGUAUACUCAGCCUAGAAAAAUCAAGGAGAAAUACACGGCAAAAUCCUCUUCUGUUCAUAGCAGAGCAUUUUACAGUUGUUAAAGAAUUAAUUGCCCAGCUGUUACUGGUGCUGUUAUUAGCCACACUUGGUAGACGGCAGCAGCUGGAAUAGAGAGCUCAAAGUCACAAAGAAACAGAAUCAGACAUUUAUAGGAAAGUCCCAAUAAAAUAAUCCUUCCCAAGUGUUUCAGCUGCAUUACUGUAGAACUACUACGGGCUAUAAAACAGUCCUGCAGCAUCUUUGUGGCCUAAGCAACCACAGUUAUAAGUGUAUUUAAACAGCACUGAAUCAUACAAUUAAUUACAUGACCUGUGUGCAUGGUGAGGAGGACAAAGUCACAUCCUCAAAUCUUUGCAGGUGACAUAAGCUGGCUGAUCUACCUCCAGCUUGCUGCAGGUGGUCGUUUUUUGCCUCAGCACACAAGGCUCCAACACACCUGUUGGCCAUUUUGGACAGGUGUUCUAGAGGCACAGCAUGAAAGGUUCUGUGCUGCAUUGACAUCCCAAAAAAAAAUUGUCCUUGUUGAGUUUGCUGGUGUUUUGGUCUUGUGUCUCACAUGGUGCUAAACAGAGAACAGUGCAUUAAGGUAAAUUCAACAGAGUCUGAAAGGCUGUUAUGGUGAUGUCUGCAUUGGACUCUAAAGGAUCGUCUGCUGGUAGCUAAAAGAGGCUCUGAAGCCUUCCCAUUUUCCUGAGUGUUUUUUAAGCUCUUAAAAAAAGAUAAAAAAUAGGCUCCUCUGGCAGCAAAUAGAGGUAACUGCCAGACUUUGGUAGACAUCACCAAUUAAAAAUGAAAACAGCAAGGUAGGAGGUGGGGAAGAAAGGGCAAUGGGAAUCCUGAUGAAGCAACAUUCCAGUUACUGAAAUUGUUCUCACUUCCCCUGAAGCAGUCAUUUGGCAAAACACCCCAUCUCAUGGGGCAUCAUGUGAUUUACCAUCCUUGUUUUCUGGGAUAAGGCUUUUCUGGACACUGGGUCACAUUACUCAGCCCAUUUUAUGCCAUUGUUCAGAGACUGCCAAAACAAUGAUGGGUCAUAACAUUUGAAAUAACAACACAGAGUACUUCUAAUACUUCUAAUGAUUUCUCUUUUCUCCUGUUUUGGACAGCUGCUAAAACAAGUCAGUCUAAUGAACACUGCACUUCUCUAAUCAAAGGCUUGCAGGACACUCACCCAACAGCACUUAAAUGUUUCGGUGUCAAAACUCCUGCCUGGCUCAAAGGGAGCAGCAUGGCAGUCUGCAGGAAGCAGCCAGCUCGAGGGAGGGAAGUUUGUUACCUCAGUCCUGGCAAUUCUGCAGGAGAGCUCCUGCCACGUGGAGAUAUUAAGCCCUAAAACACCUCUCCUUAUUGAUUUCAACCAGGAGACAACCCUCAAACUUAGUUUCCAUCUUCCUGGGCGUGUGAUCGAUGUCACAGUCUCGGCACUGAUUUACAGAAAUAGCACUGCUUCUCUCUGAAUAGCAGGUAAAAAGAAAAAUCAUUUGAACUUUGUUUCAGGUUCCUUACAAUUUGAAGCAUCCUUCAGGUUAUUUGUCCUAGAGCUCACUCUGGUUGCUCAAGAUCCCUUUUUAGAAACUUUUGCAGAUGCACUCUGGUGUGCAUUAACCUUUAUAGUGAUAUCAGCAGAAUCCAUAAUUGUGCAUUAAUCUCCUCAGCCACCCCUCCACUGAGAUGAGCAGUACAGGUAAUUAUCUACCCUUGGUUGGAGCUGUCACAGCAGCCUCCCUGCCCAUCCCAUUAGCAACUCCAGCCCCUGGGCCUCCCAUCACAUCUCUGUUUUGCAGGGAUCACUGCAGUGGGAGUUACCACCAUGUCUUGCUGUUUUUUCGAGGACACCAAGAUACCUCAUUGCUCUUUCACACUGUUUAUGAAAGGACAUAGCUUACUCCUCACUGAUUUAUUAACUUUUCUGUGGAACUGGUUUUUAAAUCAGCUUCCUGAGUAUGAACCCAGCACAGAUUUAUUUUUUAAUUCUCAUCAAGAAGUUUUCCAUCCACCUCCAGAGAACAGGAAAGCAGCAAACUGGGGAAAAAAAAAGGCGAACAACCAACAUUAAAAUCAGGAAGGACGAUUCAUCUUUUCUUCUUCACCAGCACAGGAAGGGUGACUCACCUUUUCCCUGCUCUCUUCACAGCUUCCAUGUUUCAGCCAGUCCAUGGCACUAAACAGUUUCUACUUUGCACAGUAGCUGAUUUCUGCUGCUGGCAUUGCUGCUUUAUUUUCAGAUGCAGCUACGUGCCACUUGUCCUGCAGCUUCUGGUGGAGCUUCCCUGAUGGGUUUCAGUAUUGCUGAGUGGGAUCAGAGGGGAACCAUGAGAUCCCAGGGCUGCAGGAUGAGGGCAUGGAUGGUUGCCAAAAGUAUUCAAAGAGGGAACGGGCAGGCACAGGGUGCAUGAGAGGGAUCUGUGACCGGAUGUAAGACCGGGAGGGGGAGUGUUUGGGCAGCAGCCCAACCUGGAAAACGCUCAGGGGAAGAGAGGUCAGUAAGAAUUUCUUCUAAGGCUACAAAGAGCUUUCUUUUCAGAUACAAUAUGGAGAAAAAAUAUUCCAAUCCCUCUUUUUUUUUGUUAGCAGACAGACUGUAUAAUGCAGUGAAAUGUCUUAAUUUUUGGUUAAUACACCUAAUAGCUGUAAAUUCUUUCUCUUAAAGAAACCCUCAAAUACCACCUAUAAAGAUUGCCCACAGGUAACUCACCAACAAAAAAACAAGGAGCAAAACCACAUGAGAAGCCAUCUCUUAAAAAAAUCAAAACUGGUGCCAAAUGGUAUUAAAAGCCGGCCAUGCAAUAAUGAUUAAGACAAAUGACAAACUACUGUUCAAUACAUCACAGGCUUCAAAGGUUAAUUAACUGGCCUUCAUCUAAGCUUCCCCACACUUGAUUUUUCUCAUGAUGCAUUUGCUUGAGUGAAGCCCUGAGCCUGCCACCUGGAUAUUGUUAAAAAUGCCAGGUGAAGGCUGGGGUUUGGGUUAGGAACUCAGUGAUGCAUCCAUGGCCAGGAGUGCAUCAUCCCCCAUCUCAUACUUCACACAGUGUGACUUGCAUAAAAUUCCUGCCAAAAGUAAAAAAAAAAAGGAUAAUUAACCAACUGCUAUGACCCAGACCUGACAAGUGUAUUCUCCUCUGCCUGUGCUCCACCUGCCUCUCUGGGGUCAGACCCAGAAACAGAAACUUCUGCUCCAACCGCAGCAGGACACUUCUCCCCUCCAAAGUUCUAAUGCUGUAAGCCAGACCAGCACUGCUGGAGUCUGAGACACAGAGUGUGUGCCCUUGAUUCUGAUGCUUAGCUCUAAGAUCCAGAAAAACACUGAAUUUCAUACAUCAUGAAAUUGAUGAGAAUGUUUUCAUGGUGAUACUUGUAAACAAUUGUUAAAGCUAAAUAGAAAAAGCCAAAAGUGUGAGUGUGUAGAUUGGAAAGAUUUCUUAAGUCACUGGGUGAAAAAGUUAAAGUUUAGAGUUUAAAAUAGUUUAGAAAGCAGAAGACAAGAUGGAGGAUUUAGUGUUGUUUCUUUUACUUCUUCUUCAUGUUAUUCUAGAGCGUUUUGGGUAAUAGUAGGUGAUUGGAUAGAAAAUGCUGCAGUGCAGUACGCAGGUGUUGGGUCAUUGGGUCAUUAAGAAAAAUAAUAUACAUGUCUAUUGUUAAUUAGAUAAGAAUGAGUAUAAAGAUAAAAGAACUGCGUGGUUCGAGGUUCGGGGCCAUUUUGUAUCUUCAAAGGCCUAAGUGAGCCACAAGGCCAUUUUGUACCAUCAGAAAGAAAUGAGCCAGAUUGCAGUGAAUUGAACUUGUACAGAUAGUCUGGAGAGACUUGCCAAGUUUUGUGAUAACAUCCUAAUAAACACGAGAAACAAGA